GCAGACAUGCAUAGUAAAAGAAUGACUUGCACCUUCAGCUGUCAUGGACGUGUUCUGGGCUUACGCUCAGUGGUCACAUCCACAACUCCUCAAGACCAUACUGCCUGUCUGACUGGCAACUGCGCCCCCGUGACUGGCGUAUACUUCCUAAGAGCGGCUUUGUUCAUCAGAUCCAACAUCGCUCUCCCUAUGUUGCCUACAUGGGCCCGCAUUGAUGUUAGGACUGCUCCUUGGAUGUCCCGUUCGUUCCUUAUGGCUUUGGCUAAUACUAGGUUUAACCCAGCCUCAUGGCCAAAACAGCCUGUGCAGAAACAAAGCCGUCUUUUUUCGACUGAGCAUAACAAUCAGCCAUCAUCAUUUCGCUUGCAGGUUGUGGAGGGACAUCUUGUUUUACAAGUUGUCCCUCUUUGCAUCAAAAGAUACAUAGGGCCAAAUAGAAUGUGCGUUAUCGAGAAAGUGAGAGACGUCUACCCGGAUCGUGUUCGCACGAGGCGAACAAUUUACCAAUGCCCUCGCAGCAACGGCAACAGACUAUGCAGCCUGACUCGCAUCCAUGAUCUUGGCGAGAUCUUCCAUGAACAUGCCUGGCGAUACGAUCACAGCCGUAUCAGUCCUGGUUAUGAUACGUCGGCUGUGGUCGAGGUGGAGCCGCGACUAAGCUCUCGAAACAGACGAAAUAUUCGGACAUUUACCUACGGGGACAUUCUGCGUGCGCUUUCGCUGCCAUUUUCGAGGAGAGGCUCACGAGAAGCCCGAAAUCAGCGCAUGCAGGAUGGAAGGGUCCGCGAGAACAUCCGUAACAGUCACCCUACUUCCCGCGAACCCCGGUCAUCGCGUAGGUUUUCUGAACCAUACUCCUACCGGCCGCCAGCUGCCAGCUCAUCUCUGCCUCGAGAGAUCAUUUCCACUCAGUCUACCGAAAGACAAUCGUCACCGCCGCCUGUUACAAGGCAGCCGCGACGUCCAAGAGAAAGAAGUCCGGCGGUUGAACGCGUCCCUCUAAGGCGACCGCAAACUGCGCCAUCUACCCCAGUGAUAAUCCACAACCGUCCCGGACAAGAUCCAAUUGAAGCAACAGACAUUCACAGUUCACAAGAUUCACCUGCACAUCGACAUGUUCGAUUCGCCGGGUUUACCGAGUACGAUGAAGAAGUUCAUGAUGUCCUUCGUCAUGAUGCAGGGAAUAACGCACGCAGUGAACGCCGACAACAUCAUCCUGCCCAACAGGAGCAUAGACGUGCUAGACAGCCUGUCCAAGACGCCACUGAAGAGCAGAGACAUGUUGAAGAGACGGAACGUCACCGCCGGUUUACUGACCGAAACUCUUCGUCACAGCCAUCAGUCGAGCGAAAUAGGCAGGAAAAUAUACAGACACAUCGGACAGAGCCUGCAUGGCAGCGAACGCCGCCACGGAUCAUUCAAGAGGGUAACCGUCGACUGAGAGAUCAAGGCGUGCGGAUCAUUGCGGAGGCCAGGGCGCGGCACAGGAAAGAAGGCUUCCUACGCGGUGUUUUCGGGCGUCGUUAA